AUGAACGCGUGCGGGUAUGAGGGAGCUGCGGAAAAGCGAUGGAGGGAAAAAGAGUGGUGGUGGAGGGACUCGUCAGGAGGAGGCGAAAGAGUGGUGGAGGAGCGGAGCGAGAAAAGCGCUCCGCUCAAAGAAGCGCUAUUUGCUGUGAUGGGGAGCAGCGGCGAUGCAAGGGAGUGGAAAGGGAUUCAAGAGCCACAGAGCCACAGCCCAAGUCGGAGACAGUGA